AUGAGUCACAACCGUUGGAAUAUUGGCUUAAUAUUUGCAUUGCUUUUGUUAGGCAGUACUGAAGUGAAUGCAUUCUUCAAUUUUGGUAACCAUCAACAACAACAACAGCAACAACCGCAAUCAUAUGAAGAUCAAGUUUUAAAUAAUCCAUGUGAUGGGUAUUUAUGCCCCGAUACUUUGACCUGUGUUGCACAGCAGAAGGAUUGUCCUUGUCCCUUUUCUAAAUCACAGCUGAAAUGUGUCCUUCCUAAUAAUAAGUACGUUUGCGUAUCGAAACCGGCCACACAUAAUGAAAAGCUCAAAGCAAUAUAUGAUGACCCCGUCAAGGGACCCAAGGCAAAAAACAAAGGCUUUAGAGAUUGUGGAUGGGUAUCCGAAGCUUAUAAAAGUGGUUGA